AUGGCUGGCAAUUUUUGGCAGAGUUCACACUACGACCAGUGGAUAUUCGAGAAGCAGGAACUGCUCAGAAUGCGCAGCGAAGAUCUGAAGAUUUAUACCGAAGAGGAGUACCAGAAGUUAAUGAUAUUCUGGGCAAAUCUCAUACAGACCCUUGCCGUUGAAGGCAUACAGCAAGGCCAUCCGAAAACACGAAUGCAGGUAAUUGCAACUGCAAUCGUUUAUUUCAAACGUUUCUAUGCUCGACGCUCUUAUAAAGAUGUUGAUCCACUUCUUAUUGCUUGUGCUUCCGUGUUCCUUGCGUCAAAGGUUGAGGAACACGGUCUUAUGUCCAUGUCCAAUCUCAUCAAAACAAUCCCCAAUUGUCUGAAAAAAUGGCCUAACCUUACAUACGAUGCAUCGUCGAAAAAUAGUGGUCUAUAUGAUGCUGAGUUCAUAUUGGUCGAAAUGCUCGACUGCUGUCUUGUAGUUUACCAUCCGUAUCGCCCUCUCACUACAAUGCUGCAGGUUAGAACAAACUUUGGCAUUAUUUCCCCUUGUGGUGGGAGGGGGGAGGAGGGAUUGUCACUUCUAUAA